UUGGAAUAGUAUUGGUGCAUAGGGUGCAAAAGAUUUAGGCACAGGAAUAGCGUAGUGCAAGAAUAUCACAAGUUUGACACUUGAUUUAUAGUCAAGUUUUAUUGGUGCAUAGGGUGCAAAAGAUUUAGGCACAGGAAUAGCGUAGUGCAAGAAUAUCACAAGUUUGACACUUGAUUUAAGGUAAAGUAGUAUUGGUGCAUAGGGUGCAAAAGAUUUAGGCACAGGAAUAGCGUAGUGCAAGAAUAUCACAAGUUUGACACUUGAUUUAAGAUCUAAUUAGAUUGAUGCAAUAGGUGCAUCAGACUUAGGUUCUGGUUUAGCAAAUUGCACUAAUCUCUCUAAUUUGACACUUAUACUUAGAUCUAAUUAAAUUGAUGCGAAAGAUGCAUCAGUCUUAGGUUCUGCUUUAGCAAAUUGCGCUAAUCUCUCAAAUUUUACACUUUUACUUAGAUCUAAUUAAAUUGAUACACCGUUUGCAUUAGGCUUAGGUUUUGCUUUAGCAAAUUGCACUAAUCUAUCAAAUUUGACACUUGGUCUUUAAUAUAAUUAAAUUGAUGCAACAAGUGUAUCAGGCUUAGGUUCUGGUUUAGCAAAUUGCACUAAUCUCUCAAAUUUGACACUUCAUCUUGGUUGGAAUAAAAUUGGUGCAACAGGUGCAUCAGGCUUAGAUUCUGCUUUAGCAAAUUGCACUAAUCUCUCAAAUUUGACACUUGGUCUUUAAUCUAAUUAAAUUGAUGCAAAAGGUGCAUCAAUCUUAGGUUCUGCUUUAGCAAAUUGCACUAAUCUCUAAAAUUUAACACUUUCACUUGAUUAGAAUAAAAUUGGUGCAACAGGCGCAUCAGGUUUGGGUUCUGGUUUAGCAAAUUGCGUCAAUCUCUCAAAUUUGGUACUAAAUCUAAGUAGCAAUUAAAUUGGUGCAACAGGUGCAUCAAGCUUAGGUUCUGCUUUAGUAAAUUGCACUAACCUCUCAAAUUUGACACUUGGACUAGGUUAAAAUUAAAUUGGUGCUUAAGGUGCAUCAGGCUUAGGUUCUGCUUUAGCAAAUUUUGCUAAACUCUCAAAUUUGACACUUGGUCUAGGUUAAAGUUUAAUUGAUGAUUAAGGUGCAUCAGGCUUAGGUUCUUCUUUAGCAAAUUGCACUAAUCUUUUAAAUUUGGCACUUUAUAUAGGUGGCAACUAAAUCAAUGAAUCAUACUAAUUAACAGUAAAAAACAAGUGUCUUAAAUCAAAAAGAUUAGUUGUCUUUGAAUUUGAUUUCAAUAUGUAUUGA